AUGAGCGGCGGGAGGCUAUCGAUGGCUACUAAGAGCGGAAGCACCACGUUCGGAACAACAAUGGCCGCACGCGGGGCACAGGGACCAUCAUCAGAAGACAAUGUGCAGCCCUCGCAUGUACAGGCGAGUUCAACGUCCGCACAACAGACUCCCCCGAGUCCUCCAAUAGGUCGCCAACAGGCGGCCCGCUUUCAAGACCUCCAAAGAGGUCAAUCUGCCCCCGUAUCACAAUCCAAAAAUGGCGGUACGUCUUCUAAUCGCCAACAAUCUUCCUCUCACGAUUCUCCCCAUCAUCGAAAGGACUCUGUGUCAUCAAACGUUUCCUCUAAUGAUGGUCAAACAUCUCCAUAUCAUACACGUCCCCCAUCGCCGCAUCAUCCAAACCAUAGCCAUGCACCUCACCAUUAUGUGAUACAUGGAACACGACAUAAUGCACAUCAUAAACAAAACUCCGGGAUGGGUAUGCCUAUGGGGGGUGCCAUGCCCGUCACUGGACAAGGAAUGGGAUCUCAGUAUCGGCCUCCAAGAGAUCAGAAAGGGCCUCCCGGUCCUAUACCGCCUAGCCCUCAUUUGAAUCCAGCGCCAUCAUCUUUACCUAACACAUCACCGAUAGCUAUGCAACCACCCCCACAAACAAUGCCCAUGGUUAUGGCAUCGCAGGCGUGGCCAGCGUCCAGUUAUCCACCUAGGCCGUUUGAUUACUAUCAACAUCCUUACGCGUAUUCAAACCCGAUGUAUAUGCCUUACCCUCAUGUUGCCCGAGCGUCUGUUCCGGGGUACUCACAUCCUUCUAAUGCUCCCCAAUUCGUCACCCCUCCGACACCUAAUAUAUCAAAAGCGAUUCCUAUAAUCGAUCCAUUAACUCGUGAUGAAGUACGACCUCCACUCGAAAGUCCGAGUACGAAGACGGAUGAUUCACCUUCAACUUCUGAAACACAAACUCCAGAAGAUGCAGAUAAAGAGCAACAUCAGAACCAAGACGCUGAGAAACGUGAUUCAAAGGCAAUACCUAUAGUGAAUCCUGUUGCCAAGGAAGAGCGUGAGAAAAGAGAAAGAGAGGAGCAGGAGCGACGCGAGAAGGAGAAGGAAGAGAAGGAACGGAAAGAGCGGGAGGAGCGGGAAGAAAAGGAAAGGAAAGAGAUAGAAGAGCGUGAGAAAAAGGAGAAAGAAGAGCGUGAACAAAAAGAACGUGAGGAAAAGGAACGUAAAGAGAGGGAAGAAAAGGAACGUAAAGAGAGGGAAGAAAAGGAACGUCGAGAACGUGAGGAACGUGAGAGAGAACGCAAAGAGCGUGAGGAAAGAGAACGUAAGGAACGUGAGGAGGAAGAGCGUAAGGAACGAGAACGUGAAGAAAAAGAACGUGAGGAAAGAGAACGCAAAAAACGUGAAGAGCAAGAACGUAAGGAACGUGAGGAGAGAGAGCGUAAGGAACGUGAGGAGCAAGAACGUAAGGAACGUGAGGAGAGAGAACGAAAAGAACGCGAAGAGCGAGAACGUAAGGAACGUGAGGAGGAAGAGCGUAAGGAGCGAGAACGUGAAGAAAAAGAACGUGAGGAAAGGGAACGCAAAAAACGUGAAGAGCAGGAACGUAAGGAACGCGAGGAGAGAGAGUGUAAGGAACGUGAGGAGCAAGAACGUAAGGAACGUGAGGAACGUGAGCGUAAGGAAAGAGAAGAUCAAGAACGCAGAGAACAAGAGCUUAAAGAGCGCGAACAAAAAGAACGUGAGGAACGUAAGAAGCAAGAGGAGACAAAAAGUAAAACUACCGCCGAGGAAACUGAUAAGAAAAAUCAGCAGGAACCUAAACCAAAUACCAUUGACCUUGACAGAGAACCCAGUGAAAGAAAGGACGUUAAAGAAGAGAGAAAACAAAAAGGUCAUCGACCGGCCACUUUAGAUUUAUCAAAAACAACAUCAGCAUUGGUGCCUAGUGCACCGCCCAGCGCACUAGGUAGUGCACGAAAAAUAGAAGACCUUAAUGCUGUCACCUAUCCGCCGCAUAUUAAGUCACCCGAUCCUACGCUAAAUCAAGAUGCCCAACCAGGAAAAUACAAAUAUGAACGUUCAUUUUUGAUGCAGUUCAUGAGUGUGUGUAAAGAGAAACCGGAAAAUUUGCCCCACUUAGAUGCAAUAGGUGUUGAAGAUCCGAAAGAAAGCAAGAAACAUCGUACCACUGGAUCCAGUCAACGAGGUCCACACAAGACUUCUCCUGCACAGCCUAAUUAUACACAGACUCCUAUGGGCAAGUUUGAAAAACAACCCACUACGAGUGAAGAGCGUUUUAUGCGAUCAAGUAUAAACAGAUAUAGUACUAAUUCCGGGAUUGGACCAAGAACGGCAAGCGGAAAUCCAUUGUUGCCUCCAGCGCUUAACACUACUCAAAGUUCGCCGGGCCCUCGAACGCUUAGUAAUAGUGGUCGACGAGACGGGGACAGGAGGUCUAAACGCGGACAUCAACAAGUCGGUGGACCAACAAUACCAAUGGAAAUGGUUGCUCCUCUUGAGAGAUCCGAAAACAGAUGGGUAUCUCAAUCGGUUACUGGAGAGGUUCCCAAAGCUGGCGAAGAGAUUAUCCCUAUGGAGACGAUACAGAGAAAAGUUAAAGCUCUGCUCAACAAAUUGACAUUAGAGAAGUUUGAGUCUAUAUCCGAUCACAUUAUCGAAUUUGCGAAUAAAUCAAAAGAAGAACGCGAUGGGAAAAUAUUAAAGACAGUUAUUCAACUGACCUUUGAGAAAGCUUGUGAUGAACCCAAUUUUAGUCAGAUGUAUGCGCAACUCUGUCGGAAGAUGAUGGAGCGUAUUGAUAUGGAUAUUUUUGAUGAGAACAUUAAGAACGCACAAGAUGAAUAUGUGCGCGGUGGUACGUUGUUCAGGAAGUAUCUACUUAACAGAUGUCAGGAGGACUUUGAAAAGGGUUGGAAAGUUAAUAUGCCAAUACCAAAUAAUGAAAAGGGAGAGCCUGACUUGUUGUCUGAUGAAUAUUAUAUUGCCGCUAAAGCUAAAAGACAUGGUCUGGGUUUGAUCAAGUUUAUCGGAGAAUUAUUCAAAUUGCAUAUGUUGACGGAACGUAUUAUGCAUGAGUGUAUAAAGAAACUAUUAGCUAAUCAUGUAGACCCAGAAGAGGAGGAAACUGAGUCUCUCUGCAAAUUGCUUACAACAGUUGGAAAACAACUGGAUCAUCAAAAAGCAAAGGAUCAUAUGGACGCUUACUUUGUUCGCAUGGAGAGUAUGAGCAAGAACGUAAAACUUAACAGUCGUAUAAGGUUUAUGCUUAUGGAUGUAAUCGAACUCAGAAAACGGAAUUGGGUACCACGCCAUGAUACCAACGCACCCAAAACGAUUGCGGAGAUUCAUGAAGCCGCUGCUAAACAAAAAGAAGAAGCUGAACUUCUUCGACGCUCAGCGAGUACAAGUGGUGGUCGAAAUAUGCCUAGGAUAGCCGAACAACUGUCUCGUGGUGGCUCUGGCAGGCGCGGUGAUAAGGGUGGUAUGCAACACGGCAUGCAACAAAUGUCAGACGGAUGGAACACUGUUGGCCCCUCAUCGGCCCGUAAAAUGGAUCUCACAAGAUUCGGACAAGUGCGCACCAAAAAUAGUGGCACCAAUAUGAGUCUCGCUCCGGGUAGUGGCACAAUUGCAAGAUUGGCAAGUGGCUCGAAAGGCUGGCCAACUGAUAUCAAAGACCGUGACGAGAAGGGCUCUAGCAUGAGCAGAACACAUUCAACGUCUAAUACUUAUAGUAUUCUCGACCAGGUGGAAGGCCGAAAAAGUAUGGAUGGAUCUUCGAACGAGCCAACAUCAACUCCACCAGAAAGACAGAAACUAGUUGUGCUUGCGCGAGGUAGCACUUUGAAAGCUGAUGCAUCACCUAAGCCCGCAGAGAACAAAUGGCAAUCAGGCAAAAGCGGUGGCGUGGUUAAACCCUCAUCAAUGUCUCAGGAAGAGGCUAAGCGAAAGAUCAAAGCCAUGGUUGACGAAUAUUGGUCAGUGAGAGACAAGAAGGAAGUUGCUGUAUGUAUCAAAGAACUUCCUGUCAGAUAUUUUGGUGAUGCAAUCCGAGAGUUCAUCGAAUCGGCGCUUGACAAGAAACCAUCCGAUGUUUCGAAUUGUGCUGACCUUCUCAAAGAACUACGGAAGCAAGAUGCAAUAUAUCCAGCAGAUUGCAAGAAAGCGUUUACUAAUAUUAUGGACAAUUUAGAAGAUAUUGGAAUUGAUGUUCCCCAAGCUUAUGCACACACUGGACAAUUGUUGCACGGCGCUCAGAUAGAGUUAAAUGAAGUGGCUGAAUUGAUACGACCGCUAACUGACAUAGGAGGGAGUGAACCACCCUCGGCAAAGGUUGUGGCAGCAUACCUAAAUUCAAUAAAGACUUCUAUGGGUGAGCCGAUGGUACUCCGUAAAGUCAAAAAUGCCAACUUCGAUUUUGCCUUGCUCUUCCCUGACGGUAAUAAAGAUGCUUUAAAUAGAUUUUUGGAGAAACAGGGGUUGGGAAUAUUAAAAAAGUAA